AUGGCUUUCGUCAAGAGAAGACUUGCCUUGAGGAAGAGACACAUCACCGGAUUAUUAGCUCUGGCCAAGCAAGACGGACUGCUACUCGCUAUGUCCAUCGGCACAGGAGUCGGUCAUGAGGGCGGUCAGUUGGAGGUACCACAGAAGCACCGUAGUUGCGAUACGUCGUCUCGUCAAGGUCAGGCGCUCACUAACGUUGCUUCUAUGGAAGAUGGAGAGUUCAACGGAGCGUUCUACUCUACCAUGAACUAA